GUCCUGCGGACCAAACAGUUUGCGACUGAGACUCGUGACGAAAGGACACGCGGCCAAUGGCAAGCGGGCUCUAGCGAUUCAAACAGGCCGCUUUGGGUUUCAAGUCGAAGCGAUUCGAGCGGAAUUACGAGUGCGUGUCCUGGCGACGAUCGUGGCGUUAAAAUAUACAAGAAAUACCAGAAAAAUCACAUUAUCGUGGCCGAGUGAAAUCGUAGCUUGGCUCCAAGCCGUAAAUCAUUAAGUGUCAGCAAAGCAACGGAAAUUCAUUCGAGUGUGCACUUCUACUAUAAAUCCUCUUACAUCAUAAAUAACAAAGGGAUUGUCCAAAAGCAUUAUACAUAAUGGUAAUGCCGAACGCUCAAAGAAAGUGUGAACUGCAAAACACUCACAGGAUGAAUACCAGUGCUCACAACUAAGCUAGAAAUAAACAAUAAACUAUAUAAUAAAUAAGCACAAAAAUCAACUUUAAGCCACAUUUGAAGUGGAGAAGGACCAGGAGGAGGAGGAGGAGGUUAAAGCCACAACAUGACCCGCUUUCGCAUAAAAAACCUGAAAAUCCUCUCCUGCUGCCUCAGCAUUUGGGUGGUGCUCUUCCUCUUCGGGGGUGCACUGCACCUGGCCCAGGGCAGUGAGUUUCCCGAGCGCGAAUGUUGCGACCUCACCACCACAUCCACAGUGGGGCCCCUGCCCAUGCCCCCCGCGGCGCUGCCCACCGACAAAUCACCCUCAUCGGCCACAACGGCCUUGGAGACGGAUCUGGCCAUCGGACGAUCGGGUUCCACCAUUAAAGGUGUCGUGGCCAUAUUAAAUUGCAUUUUGGCCCGACAACUCUGUUUCGAGGAUCCCUCAUGUUCGGCUAUAUUGGAAAUUAUACCUCGCGUCUGCGGACCUAUACCAGUGUCCUGCAGCACCGUGACAGUGACCAAGUGCCAGGCAGCUCUUCGCACCCUGCAGGCCUUCCAAUUCUUCCGGCCGACAUGUUUGUGCAAAGAGCCCGGCAUGGACCCCGAUUGCAAUCAUUUUCGGGACUUUCUGUUCGAUCAUCCCUGCGGAUUUGUGCUGAAGAAGGCCGAAAAGGAUCCAUAUCCCAUAGACGCACUACCCACGUGCAACCAUGCACUAUCCGUCUGUCAGCAGGAACGAAAAUGCCUGAAGCUCUUCGAGGACUUCAAAACGCAUUGUAAAGUCCGUGACAAUAAGUGCAAAAUGGAAAACAGGGACGCCUGCCACGAUUCCUGGACCAACCUCCGUCUAUCGCCCAUGUUCGGAUGCAUCUGCCCGAACAACCAUAUGAAAAAGCGCUGUGAUCGUAUCUUUAAUAUUGUUAAUCACAAUCCGUGUGUGGAUAGACUAAUAUUUUUCCCCAACGGUCUGCCAAAAUUAAAGCAACAAAGACCAAAGCCGAGGCCGCAACCGAAAACGAGACCCAAGCCGAAACCGAAGCCAAAAGCAAAGCUGAAGCAUUACGGCGGCAUCAAUGGCACGGAGCUCAUGUCCAACAAUAUAGAGUACCAUGAUGAGCCCAACAUGGAGUUGCACUCCCCCAGCGGGGCGGAGGACCAAGAGGCAGCCGGCGACGAGGAGGAGGGUGACGAAGCUAACGGGGAGGACGACGACGACGAGGAGGAAGACGACGAUUAUGACGACCGCAUACGAGCUGAAAUUUAUUCAAACUAUCCGCACUACCUCCAUCCUCCGUCCUGGGGCAUCAACAAUCCUCUGGUCCUGGCUUCCCACAGUCCGCACACUCUGGACGACGAUGACGAUGUGGUCGUGGAGGUGGCCAACAAAAAGCCACCGCCAGUGCGCCACGAGAAUCUGGAGCACGAUGUGGUGGUGGUGGUGGAUGCCGGGCCGCAUUCCCACGGCCAUCCGCACACCCACACCUACUACACGCACGGCGAUCAGACCACCAUCUCCACGGGAUCGGGACAUGGAGGAGAAGGAGGUGUCGGAGUGCCAGCGCCCACGAUUCCCAGCCCACCUAACACUGGCACCAAAAUGCACAAAACAGCACCACUCGGCGAUUUAGUUGCCGGCAGCGACAUAACCCACCGCACCUACACAGGGCCCACGAUGGACGAACGAGUAAGAAUAUUGGGCAUGGACGAGAAACUGCAUCAGAGAAUCUUCAAUGAUAAUUUGGCCCUUAUUGAUACGCCCCUUAUAGCCAUGGGGUCCGGCUACGGGUCCAGUUCCGGCGUGGUGACCACUUCCGGCUCCGGCCUGGGCCACCUGUCCGGCAGCUUUAACUAUCCGGGCUCGAUGCACGGCGUGCCCAGCUAUCCGUUCAAUAUAAGCGGCUUCCAUCAGCGGCACAUGGCAGCGGCGGCUGCCGUCGAUAAUGAACCAUUCGAUAUCAUUGAUACGGGCUUCGGCUACGGCGGAAACGGAAAUGCCGGUGUUUACUACCAAAGUGGUCAGGAUGUCGAAGUUGACCUCUCAACGGAAAUAAUCAAGCAACACUUUCAGAGUACCUGUCACACAGCAUUGGACACCUGCCGGGAAGAUCCGUCCUGUUCAUCGUCCCUGCAGCCGAUGCUGAUGCACUGCGAAAUGCACCGAUGCAAUCGCAACUCGUGUAUGACCUCGCUGCAGGCCUUCUACAAGGGGGUCCACGAGGACCUCAAUCUGGACAUCGCCUUUUGUCUAUGCAAAAAAACAAGCAGCGGCAUUGGGAGCAGCAGCAGCCAGCAGAACGGCAAUCGGCACGACAUGUGCAUGAUUGCACAGGAAAAACUGCAUCCCGUGUGCGCCCAGCGGCCGCCAGAUAACAGUAAUCCGGCCAGCUCCAACGGCAUUUAUUACCAUCCGCCGCCCGCCUGUCAUGUGGUCGCCGAAAGCUGCAAGGAGGAUCGCGAGUGCAGGCUAAAAUUGGAAUAUUAUGAACAGGCCUGCGCCGUGGAUAGCGUGACUAAAAAAUGUGCCGGAAAACCUAGUGGUUGUCGAACCGCCAUGAUUGGGAUAUUAGGCACUAUGUUGAGGACAACCUGUGCCUGCCAGGGAACCGAUCCCCAGCACCUCUACCAGUGCGUGGGGUGGCGGCGUCUCCUCUGGAUGAAUCCUUGUGUUGUUGAGGCUCAAAAGGAUUUCCAUAUGAAACGAUUGGCUGAGCUCGGUUUCCUUACCACGACAACAACUACAACAACCACAACAACGACCACAACUACGACAACAACAACACGCGCCCCACCGCCUCCUCCACCGCCGCCGCCCACCACAACAAGGACGACCACAACGAGCCUGCAGCCCAAGCAAACGCAAAGGAAGCCGCCCACGCACAUCUUCACGGACUUCAAUGCGGCAAAAGAGAAAUCAGAGCCAGCAUCGGUGGAACACAAUUAUCUCGAUCCACCCGAUUCAAUACCGCUGCCCAGCGUAAACGUCGAGAGCGGCGGAAAUGGCGGAAAUGACGAUUAUCGCAACAGCAAUGGACACGGAAAUGGAAAUGGCAACGGCAACGGGCAUGGCCACGGCAAUGGCAAUGCUAACGGUAACGGUAACGGUAACGGUAGUCGACGUAAAAAUGGCGGCAACGGCGGAAAGGGACAGGGCCCGGGACGUGGCAGCAGCAACUCCGGCAGUGUAGAUUUCGAUGAUCCAGUAAUUUUCGUUGACCCAAGGGAAACAACUGAAUUUGUGGGCAUCAGCAUCACGGAGCCGGUAACCACAACAACCACAACAAUGGCAACCACAACAACAACUCAGCCGCCAAGAAAUUGUGUGGUUCAACGUCCUCGUCAGUCCGACCAACUGAUUCGGGAGGGCAGCAGCAAGCGGAUCUACUCUUUGGAUGAUGUCGAGUGCAGCGAGCUAUGCAGCUGCGGCGAUUCGCUCACCCUCACCUGCCACGCCCUCUGCGUGCCAUUCGCCCCCUGCCGUACUGCGCUAGCCUUCUAUAGCCACGCCUCCCCCGCCUACCAGGCAUUCCGUGGCCGCUGCCUCUGCUACUCUGGACGCUUCAUCUGCAUGAAGCCGCCGCUCGGGGAGUACAUUCUUCCAGGCGGGGUGUUCCUGCUCCUGGGCUACAGUGCCGCCGACGAGGCACUCCUGAGGCCGCACACUAACCUGGGAGUGCAGGACGCCGUGCGAGCCCUCCAGCAAUACGUAACCACAUACAUCGAUAAUCAGACGCAGUGCACCCUGACGUUGUUCAACAUGACGGAGGAGAACAUUAUAAUUGCAGCGCGCUUACCGCACGACGGCAAACUUAAGGAUAUUGAGCUGUUGCGCAAGGAGAAGGAAGAGUGCACCGCCAUUCUGAAGACCAUCAGUCAUCAAAUCAAUAACGAGCACAGUGAACUCCAAUCCCACCGACUGCUGAGCAUUUUCAAAAUGUCCGAAGUCGAGGUCGUCUGGCCGGAGAGCACGAGUGCGGCGGCCCGGAGUGGUCAUGGUCCGGGCCCGGGUCCGGCUAACUUCGCCGGAUGCCAGCGGCUGCUGUACGUGGCGAUGCUCGUGCUGGCUUAUCUCUCCACUCGGACAACGAUGCGUAUGAGCUAUGUGGCGACAUGACAGCCGCAUAGCUGAAGUAAUUCGGCAAGGACAAUUGCUUAACUGUAUGUAAUAGAUAUGUGUGAGGGGGCGGGCGAGACGGAACUAAGGGCGAUGGGAAAUACAUACGAUGUAUAACUAUAAUAGCCACUAAACUAAAUGGACGGCAGAGUAUACAAAUAUUCGGGAAUACUCUCGUGGCCUAGCAUAAUCAUAAUCAUAAACGUGUUGUAUACAUUUAGGGGCUAGUUUUGUGUUUAGCUGCGAUUUUUGUGAAGCUUUGUUGUUGACCUUUGAUGACGGUGUUGCUGUCUCUUUUGAUACGUAUGUGAAGCAUUAUGAGAUAUACAACAUAUAACACAUAGAACAUAAACCUAGAACUCAAUUAGAUUAAUCUAUAUACUGUAUACCUAAAUGUGAAAUGGAAAACUGCUGUCUACAUAAUAAUAUUAUUAGCGAAUAACAAGACGAACUCGAUAGUUGGAUUUGAUUUGGCAAGUUGUACAUAGAGGAGAGGGAUAGCCGUUAAGUAUUCGAACUAUAGCUAGUGUUUUGUACGAUAAAAAAAUACAAAUAUCAGUCGGUCCACCAGUAUCACACUAUCACACACUCACACGCAGUGAAAUAUUUUAAAAAUGAACACUCAUUGCAUGGCCUUUAUUGUUUGAUGUUUAAGCUCUUUAAAGUGCCCGCCUCCCUCAUUUAAAAGGAAUUAUUAACCGCCUUAACAAUGUUUGCUCUGUUGAAGAAUGCGAAGGCCUCUCGCGGAUAUUCCACGACCGCUCUUUCUGAUUUUUAAUUACAUUUUAAUGUUGGCAGGCCUCCGUUUUCCUUGUUUUCCGCGCUUUCUGGCGGAAAGCAAACACCAACUUUCCGCCCAGUGAGCGAACUUUCAUUUAACACCCACAUUCGGGGGCGUGAGUUCGCAAAACGUUGUUGUUAAUUUAUUUCAUAGUUUUCCGUUCGAUGCGAAAACAAUUACGGUUUCAUUAUCAAUUAUGCGUUCUGCAUUUCGAUUAUAGGCCAACAAUCGGCCAUGAACUCGCCUCGUUUCAACAGGUUUCAUUGCCACGAUUACCCCACAUUCAGUUCGCUGUACAUACCCACACAUAGAGUUCCUCCUAUGGACUCACUUUCAAAUCAAUUGACGUAAUUAAUACUAAACCAGUACAUAUCAAUAUGAACACCUAAACAAGUUUACACACAGAUGAUGAAAUUUCUAACAAUGAAUGUCCCUCGAAUGCUCGAAUCUUUUGUAUAUACUUCUUUAUACUUCAAGUUUACAACGAUAUACAAUACAAGAAAAAUACAGCCUAGAUCAACUUUACGAAAUAUGGUAUGGAAAUAAAAUUCAUGAUAGCAGAGAGCAGCCGCAUUGUGUACGUUGAACUGUAUAAUCGAACAUAACUUCAGUUGAGCCUUAAAUAAAUAAAUUAUGUAAAAAGGGAUAUCCAGAUGUAUUGUAAAUAGUAGAGACAUCAGAGCAACACUGGGAGUGAAUGGAAAAUCUAUGAAUAUUAAUUGGGUGUUUGAAGGAUACACAAACACACACACCCACACACACUGGCACACUAAUAAACUGAUACACUUUAAGCCUAAGCCUGACCAUUUAAAGCAUACCUUGUGGCACCUUGUGAGAAAAAUGUGCGCAUGUUUUGAAAAUGGUCACAAUCAUGAAAAAAUGUCUUCCUUAAUGCAUAUACUCGGCGAUAUGUAUUUUGUUUAUAUACAAAUAUGAAUAUAUACUAGCGAUUACCUAUACCUAUACGAUAUCUGGCAUGACCCUAGCCUGGCUUCAGUUAGACAAAAGAUAUGUAAUAUAUACACCACUAUCGAUUAUCCAAGCAAAUUAUAACACUGUUGACACGAAUUACGAACUAACCGCAGCAUAUCUAAGUCAAAUAUACCCCUAAAUAAAUAUAUAUAUAUAUAUAAAUUAAAUAAAUAUACAAUAUGCGUAAUAUUAAAAACGUUAGACGAGCAUUAAAACAACUACUUUAAUAGUCUCUAGAGAAGCAACGCUUUAACCCGUAAAACUAAUGGAAAUAAAUAAAAAAUUAUUAAGUGUAAAGUUUAUUGGGAACCUGCUUAAAUACUUCUAGCUAAAUAUUAGACGAAUUUAAAGCUAUACAAAAUUAAAAAAGAAAAAAAAAUUAUAUCGAGGGCCGCUGUCGAAAGCGAAACAAAAAACGCAGGAGCUAGGUGCGAGGAGCUAGGUGUUUUUUUAGAAAUAGAGGGGGAAAUUAGUAGAGUCGUUGGGGGAUCGAAAUUCAGUUCCGUAUCGUUGAUGGCUUGCAAAGUUAAAACUGAAAGGGGCAGCAGCAACUAUGUCUUUAUCGUUUUCGUCGGGUGUCUUUGGUUCUUCUGAAACCCUUACUUACCGGGUGCGGACAAAGCGUAGCUACAAUGUAAAGUACCGUUAAUGUAAACUGGAAGGCGAAUAGGAAAUGAAAGGAAAAUUACAAAAUAGACGCACUAAUGUAAAAAGCAGGAAACAGCAAACCCAGCACUCAAAUAGCAAUCUGUAGCCAGGAUACGUAUAUAAGUUUGAAAGGCAAAGGCAUAAUAAUGAGAAACAUUAAGACGGCAACUCCGAGAAUUAUGCAUGAGGAAUACAAAACCAAGCCACACAUGAAAUUAAAAAAAUAACAAGCUGUAAGUUGAAACCUAAAGAAAGUAAUAUAUACGAUAUGUUAGGAAUAUGUAUGUGUGUGGGCUUCAUGUUAGCGUAUGCAAGCGAGGCACAUGGAUAAACUUAAAUAUAAAUCUAAAUUAUGGUAUAAAGAAAUGCAUGUUUGUAAUAAAACAAUGUACGAGAGCAACAACAACAGCGGCAGAAAAUAAAGAAAACAAGAUAUAGAAAGUAAAA